GGGGGGGGGGGCGGCUGCCGUGGGGCCCUGAGGAGUUGCACCCAGGCAGGAGUCCGCAAGGCAAAGCUGCGCCUGGCCUGGCCGAAGCAGCCUCCCUGUGGCUGAGUGCCUCCAUGAAGCGAGACACCCUGUCGGUUAGGCUCAGGGCGGAGGCCCAGACCAGCCUUUCAGGAAACGGGCACUGCCAGCCGUUCUGCUGAGCCCCGGAGACGGGGCGGGUGUGUGCUGAAUGUCCACCCCAAGGUAAAGCUCUCGGAGGACGUGUGCAGGAUCUGGGCCUGGGCAGGGCCGCUCUUGCUGGGGAGAUUCACGGUCCCAGCCUUUCACCUCCCGCUCUUGGUAUCCCUCAGCCAGGAAAAACUUGAUCGAACGCCAUCCUUCCGCUUCAGAGGAGGAGAGCAUGUCAGAGAAUCUGCUUCACGGAGGAGAACCCGCAGGAGAGGAAGUGAGGAUCCUCGUCAUCGGCCGGACAGGCUGGGGGAAAAGCGCCACGGGAAACACCAUCCUGGGGAGGAAGGUCUUCAAAACCAGCUGCUUGCCCUCCUCAACAACGCCCGACCUUCAAAGGGAGCAAGGGGAAAGAAAUGGAAGGCGAAUUGUCGUUGUCGACACUCCCGGCUUUUUUGACACCAGGAGGAGUUUCGUGCAGAAAGACGUUGUCAGGUGUGUCCACUUUCUCCAUCCUGGGCCCCACGCGAUCAUCCUGGUCAUCAAGCUGGGCAAGGUCACCUCAGAAACGAAAGAGACUAUUCAGCAGGUUAAAAAGCUGUUCUGGAAGGAAGGAAGGCAUUUCCUGAUCGUUGCGUUCACUCACAAAGACAAAUUAGCCGAGGAAGGGGUGGGGCUCGGGGACUUCAUGGCCCGCGCAGGGGCAGAGCUGAAGGACAUAAUUGAGAUGGCUGGAAAUCGGUACCUUGCUUUCAACAAUAAAGCAGGAGCUGAGGAAGGAGCUGCGCAGGUGAACGCCCUGCUGAGUAUGAUCGACAUACUCAGGGGAUGGUACACGGAGGAAAUGUUUCUGAGGGACAGCUCCGCCUGUCCAUCCUGCACUGUGCUGUAGCUGCCUCUCCGCUCUCCUGCCCCUUUUGCUCCCCAUGGCUAGCCUGGCCCUGCCCUGCCCCUCUUUCGCUCCCCACUCCUUCCUGCUCUGCUGUGGCUAUGGCCGGCUAGCCUGGCUUCCUCCCCCAGUGUCCGGGGACUCCCUGGUCUCGCUGCUGCUCCUGCUGCUGCUCCUGCGCCUGCUCCUGUAGACCUGUGGCUGCCUUCCGGGUGGCAAAGGCUGCUUCGCUCUCAAAAGGGCGGCUGUGCUCCUAUAGGGAGAGAUCCUCGGCUCCCCCACUCCUGCCUCCGGGGACCCCACUGCAGCUGUGCACUGGCCUGGGGUAGUGGGGAGGAAGACCCAAAGGGAGAACAGCUGCAGGCCAGCAUGGCAAGCAUGGAGGGCGAUGGAGGUCGGCCACCGUGGCAAGCAGGGGCGCUCUGAGAACACAAGUCUUUGGCCCGAAGGGGGAAGGGGCAGGCACAUGGACGUGGAAGGGGCCUCUUGGUGCCCCCUGGCAAGCGGGUGCUGACACCCUGACAGUUUGGGGGCUCAGCUGCUGGCCGGCAAGGGCAAGUGCCGGGCGGCUCCCCCCUUUCGGCAAGCUCUGGCGAGCUUAACCUGUGCUUGCCCCACCCUGAUGUCCAGC